GUCAAGUUGGGGUUCCCUUAGGAGCAGGGGAAAAGCAUCAUCAAAUCUCAUAAAUCUCAGGCUUUUCUGGAGGUGGAGGAAAACGGAGUCAAUAAUAGGUUGCAAUUCCUGGAUCGGUACCUAAUGAUAAGCUUCUUCGAUAGCCAGAACCUGGGGCUCCCGUCCUCUUUGACCGAAGAUUUUGUAGCAUGGGCGAGAGAGCGGUGGGGUUUAUCAGACGGAUCAGUGUUUUCUAACAGGGCGGGGGACCUCUGGUAUUUAAUAUGUGAUUCUCUCUCUGAAGCUAUUAGGGUUCAAGAAGACGGUCAUGCAAAGUUUCGGGAAUGGAACGUUCUGUUGCGAUUCUGGAAAGAGGACGACGGGCGCUGCUUUGCCCCCCCCCCCCCGGUGGUCUGCAGUGGAUCAUGUUAUUCGGAGUUCUGCCGUUCCUCCGCUCAUGGGAUGUCCUGGAAAACAUUGGGCGAAUCUGUGGUGAUUUCGUUGACGUUGAUCACGGCUCGUGGUCGGACCCGUGCGUCCGCGUCAAGGUUAGACCAAAGAAGAAGGUUCCAACGUCGCUGCCGCUAAGAUUUGGGACAACGGUGUUUAUUGUCAAAAUUCUGCCGGAGCCGGAAGUGGUCGGCCCGAUGGCGGAUCUGAACCGUCGCCGCCUUAUAGACAAGGUCUUUGAAUCCUACCUGGCUGGGAAGUCGAUCAAUGAUGAGAGCUCACGAACUCCGAGCACUUUGGACUGCGCCACAACCUCGAGGUUAUCCCGCGACGCCUCAGUUUUCCCUGGCCCAUUAAUCCGCAAGCAUGCGCCGCUGUUUUCUGAUCCCCAUGCUGCACAGGCAAUUAAUGCGAAGAUGAAGCGGGUUUGGAUCCACAAAGCAGGCCCACUGCCCAAAACUAAUUCCCUCUCUUCCCCCUGUCCGUACCUUAGCCCACCCAACACCCCUUGUACCUCUUUAUUUAAGCCCACCAUUCCCAGCCCACCUCCCAUCCUAGCCACCUCCUCUCUUUCCCUCGGGCCGGCCCACCAUACCCAGCUUGCAUUAUCCCCCCCUGACCCACCCCCGAGACCCAACCCCUCCCUCAUACUGCACAAUGUAUCUGCCUACUCCCCAACUCUUAUCGCCGAUGCAGCCCUUACCAUCCUCUCACUUUCUAUCCCCCCCUUCAAUCACUCCCCAUUGUCCGCUAUCCCUUCUCUUCCCUAAUCUGCCCCUCAUCCCGGCUUCCUUCCCACCACUCCCACCAAAUUCCUUCCUAACCCCUACUAAUAAUCCACUUCCCCAUACCGACUGGUCCUCUGCAAACCCACAGCCCGAUCCUCUCAACCCUCCGUCACCUAACCUUGACCCUGAUUUCCACAAUUUCUCCCUUUCUGACUCACCUGAUACCUCGGAACCAGAACAAUUAGCCAUUAUCCCGUUUAACCCCCUCAGUACCGAGUACCUCAAAGUCUAGCGCAGUGAACAGGAUUGCAUUAAGUUGAUUGAACAAAGUCUAAAGAUUUGC